UUACCAGGUUGUUCUCUACCAGUCUUAAUGUUUGAGAUUAUAGAACAAGGAGCCAGGCUGUAGUUUAUCUUACAACGCACGAGGCAAGUCGUAAAGUUGGCCACCAAGCAAAAAACGUACGCGGAAAACAUGAACUCUCAGUUGAUAUUAGCGACCAUCUUACUUCUUUUUUGUUCAGGUGUAUUAUCAAGAGUGUUGGCGAAGAGAGAUUCAGGUUUUUGUGAAAGCAACUCAGCCGGAGUGCACGCCAACCCUGAUGAUUGCCAUGGCUUCAUUAUGUGUGACGUGGCUGGAAACGCACAUGAAAUGGCCUGUCCCGCGGGACUUAAAUUUAACCCGGCAAUACUCGUCUGUGAUUGGCCAAACAACGUCGAGUGUGAGGAUGGUUUUUGUGAAAGCAACUCAGCCGGAGUGCACGCCAACCCUGAUGAUUGCCAUGGCUUCAUUAUGUGUGACGUGGCUGGAAACGCACAUGAAAUGGCCUGUCCCGCGGGACUUAAAUUUAACCCGGCAAUACUCGUCUGUGAUUGGCCAAACAACGUCGAGUGUGAGGAUGGCAGUGGAGAGCCGGCGGGAUACUAAAGGGCUAUCCGGAAGACUUCGCAAAUUAUUGUAAUUUUUGAGAUUUUGAACACGACAUGUUAUGCAUUUAGAUUAAAACAGCAAAGUGAGAUUUGACUUGUAAUUCUGCUGUCUCCAAAUGUAAGUGCCUCCUAAUGGUAGACUACCCGCAUCCUCCCUCUUUUAAUUUUUCGAGCGUGACCCUAAAUGAAAGCGCGAGAGGAAAAAAUGGCUGCACGAAAAUCGUGCUAGAAAGCUUUCCCACCAUCUCGCGGCCAUUUUUCCUCUCGGCGCGUGUUCCUUUACCUAACGCUCAAUAUGGACCAAGUAACAGAGGGGACUCCUGUCUGUACCUGAUGCAACCAUGCAGCCACUUCACCAUGAUCACCGUGAAACAACAGAACCUGCUCAACAUGAUGUUGCAAUAAAGUAUAUUUUCAUGUGAUAUGUCACUUCUUUCUGUGAUCUUCUAACCUGUACUGGAAGGAGUCAAUUUCGGAUGCAAGGAUUUUAUUCCUUUCUUUUUUUUUUU